AGGGCUCAGAGCCGUGGCGGCGGCGGCGGGGCUGGCGGGGGAAGGCUGCGCGGCGACGGGAUGGGCUCGCCGGAGCCCCGCGCCCCGCUGGCCGCCCAGGACGACGACGAGGCGGCCGAGGCGGAGCAGGAGGGAGGCGGCGAGCUGGACUCGCGGAGCUCGGCGGGCGACGCAGGCGGCGAGCGGCGCGUCGACAAGUUCGGCUUCCUGGUGGCCGACGGGCAGGACGCCGGGGACCCUCCGGAGGCGCCGGUGCAGGAGCUCCCGUUGGAGGUGCUGAGGCAGAGGGAAUUGAAAUGGCUGGACAUGCUGAACAACUGGGACAAGUGGAUGGCGAAAAAACACAAAAAGAUCCGUCUGAGGUGCCAGAAAGGAAUACCCCCUUCUCUACGUGGCCGGGCGUGGCAGUACCUUUCGGGGGGCAAAGUCAAGCUGGAACAGAACCCUGGACGGUUUGACGAGCUGGACCUGGCUGUCGGGGAGCCCAAGUGGCUGGACGUGAUUGAGCGCGAUCUCCACCGCCAGUUUCCAUUCCACGAGAUGUUUGCUGCUCGAGGAGGCCACGGGCAACAAGAUUUAUUCCGGGUCCUGAAAGCCUACACUCUGUAUCGGCCGGAGGAAGGGUACUGCCAGGCCCAGGCGCCCAUAGCUGCGGUGCUGCUGAUGCACAUGCCCGCCGAGCAAGCGUUCUGGUGUCUUGUGCAAAUAUGUGAGAAAUAUCUUCCUGGCUACUACAGCGAGAAGCUGGAGGCCAUCCAGCUGGACGGCGAGAUUCUCUUCUCGCUGCUGCCGAGAGUCUCCCCACCGGCUUACAAGCACCUCAGCAAGCAGAAGAUCGACCCCAUCCUGUACAUGACGGAGUGGUUCAUGUGUGCCUUCUCAAGGACCCUGCCCUGGAGCUCCGUGCUGAGAGUCUGGGAUAUGUUCUUCUGCGAAGGCGUCAAGAUCAUCUUCCGAGUGGGCCUUGUCCUCCUGAAAUACACCUUGGGUUCCUCAGAGAAGUUGAGAUCCUGCCAAGGGCAGUACGAGACGAUGGAGCAGCUGAGAGCACUGAACCCCAAAAUCAUGCAGGAGGCUUUCCUUGUGCAAGAGGUCAUAGAGUUGCCAGUGACGGAGCGCCACAUCGAGCGGGAACACCUGAUCCAGCUGAAGAAGUGGAAGGAGACCCACGGAGAGCUGCAAUGCAAGUGCCCUCCCCGCUUCCACGGCGCCAAGGCCAUCAGGGACUCUGAGCCGUACCCCCACGGAGCCCUGGAGCCCUCUCCUUCCAUCAUCCUGCCCCCCGGGGCCACCCUCUCCCCCAAGGGCCGCAAGAGCAAGCCGCGGAAGGGCGCCCCCAAAGGGCCGGUAACCGCCGGCCACCAAGCCAACGGCCCUCUCCCCGAAGAAAACGGAUCUUUGCUGGAGCCCGACUCUUCCCCUCUCCAUCGGUCCAAGGAGAGCCUUAGUUCCCAGGAGAGCGAGGACACCUAUCUGUAGGGGUGGGGAUUGCACUUUCUAGAUAUAUCGCGCGCACACACACACACACACACACACACACACCCCUCUCCCUUCUCCCAGACUGUCCCAGUGAGACUCUCUUGAUAGGAAAAGGGCAGCUGGGUUUGUAUGGAGGGGGGAGAGCAAUUUGUCGGAAGGCAGGCGGGUAAGUAUUAGGCCUUCCGAUGGCCGAAGGAAGGAAUCCUGUAUGAGUUUGGCACCCCUGGUUGGAGUGUCUCUGCUGUCCUCUGCUCUGGCGGGGGGAGACAUUCUCGAGGCCUGGGGACCACUGAGGUGCCCCCCUCCCUUUGCUUCAGGGGAAAAGGUUAGAUUGGCCAGAAUCACACAGGUAUAGAAACAUAGGAAAGGGAGGUGGGCUACCUAUAGAUCACUAAAUUACAGGUGUGGGUUUGGCUCAGUCUAGGAAUAAAUGGAGGCCGUCCCUUUAACUCUGACCCUGCCCUCCUCUUCCUCGGUGGGAGGAAGGGCAAAAAGCUCCUUGAUUCCUCUCCCAGGGGGCGGGGGACUGUGUCCCACUUUCCCUGCGUCUAAUUGCCCUUCACCCUCGAGUCUUAACAUUCCACCCUCGAUCCACCCGUGAGCGGAGAACCUGUUGGUCUUCUCUCUCAGAUGCUACUACCUCUCGGCCCCUCUCUGGCGACUUCCAAAAACCUACCACCGGCUCUUGUCACAACCAAGCCCAAGCGAUGGGAGCUGUAGUCCCAUCCGGAGCUUCACCCCAGCAACAAGGUUCUCCAGACGCGACCGUCACCUUGGCGCCCCGGUUAGGGGGGCGGGGAGCUCUAAGUUGAGCGGACGGAGUUAGGCGGGGGGGGGGGGACCCUAACUCCCUGCCUCGUUCUGUCUCGUUGCGCAGGAAGAAUUUUGACUUGGCGGCCCUGUUUGUCCUUCCGCUCCCCCGCGCGGCCCACCGCGGGACCCAUUUCCGCUCGCAGAGACGGCAUAUCCAAGGCGCGAACGCUUCUCUCCUCGGGGCCGCUGCUCAAAGUCAGCCCGCUAAAAAGAAUUCCUUUCCUGCUUUAGCCACGGCGUCUUGUUUUGUGUGACCAAAUCCCCCAUAUGCUGUACGGACCAGAAAUGCUGAUUUCCUCCCCCGCCGCUACCCGCCCCCCCUGGUUCUGGACCAGAAGGAGCGCUGGCCGAACAUUCCGAUAUUUGCAUAUGAUUUUUUGCAAGCGGUUUCAGCUGCCCAUCCUCUCCUCUCUCAUUCCAGCGCUGUGGUUUUUCUCUUUUUAAAAAGCACUCCGUUUUCCAGGACACUAAAAAAAUCCCCCCUUUAUUAUUAUUAUUUUUGCUCCCACCCGUCUUUAGCCAAAAUGGCGACAAACUUGGCUGGCCUCUCGUUUUGUUGGGGGCAACUUUCCCCAAGUUACAACUGAGUUGCUCGGAGUGGCAGAAAACCUCUGGCUCCAUCCCUCCGUGAUGCUAAGGCCCCUCCCUAAAACGACGUGGAAAAUAUUAACGUCUAGGGGUUGUUAUUUUUUUAGCCUCUUGUUAGCCAUCCGGCUUUCCUUUUUCUUUAUUUCCCCAGCACACACAAGAGUUUAAUUUUUGCAGGAAGCCAAAGUUGGGGUGACGGGAGCGUCCGUGGUUUAUUAAGGAGGUGCAGGAAGACCCUCCCUCCCCCAACUUCCCCCUCCCCUUUUGUGGCAUAAACUUGGUUAGUUAGGGGAGGCGCCAAGGAACACUUAAAAAAAUAAAAAGAAAUUCUUGGCGUAAACAAAAAUGUAUAUUUGGGGAGGAGUGCUACACACUGUUUCCUUCUCCUGCACCAGAUGACGGCCGAUGGGUAGGAUUCAAUGUAUGUGGAUGACGAUUAUUUUUUAAAUCAAUUGCUGGAACUGUUUUGUACCAAGAGGCGAAAUAAAACCGGAAUUAUGUAAA